UAGAUUCUUGAGUCAUAAAGCGAAGAAGCAUAGCGUUUCCUUUUCAGAGAAGGGUAGCGACUAGCGAAUGAGGAGAAUGAGACUCGCUUUCGUCGUACAAGAAACGCUGCCGGGCUUGACAUUGUAGUAGGCUACUCCGGAUAUUUCUUCUUGGCCAAGACAUUAUCUACAAUUUAAUGAAAAACAACGGCUGGUUCUCACAUGGAGCAAUUUCGACUUUCCGUUUUCUGGUGUGGAACGAUAUUCUUCGGUAGUUUAGCCGUUAUUGAUCUGACGGAUGGGAAGCUUGGCUUAUUGAAGCUGAGGAGGUUGUGUAAAUUCUGUGACGUUCAGUCCACCAGCUGUAACGACACCAGUGUCGUCUCCUGCUUCAGCAACUGCAACAUCACGUCCAUUUGUGCUGACCCUGACGAGGUGUGCGUCAGCAUCUGGAGAAAGAUAGAUGACAAUACGACCAUCGAGACGGUGUGUCACCGGCCAUCGGACCAGCUGCAUGGAUAUAUGCUGGAGGACUAUAACAACACCAAGUGUGAGAUGAAGGAGAAGAAAGUCUCAGAAGGUUCUCUCUUCAUCUGCUCCUGCUCCGAAGAUGAGUGCAACGACCACUUCUUCUUCUCCUCCCCUGCACAGACCCCCACAGACCCCCAGUGGCUGCUCGUGGUGCUGCUCAGCCUGUUGUUUCUGGCCGUGGCCAUCUUCCUGGCCCUGACCUGUUACCGCGCGCUGCGGCAGCGCCGGCUCAGCCAGGACUGGAAGGAAGCCCGCGCCAUCAUGCUCGACGACGACCGCUCGGACAGCAGCUCCACCCACGCCAACAACAUCAACCACAACACGGAGCUGCUGCCCAUUGAGCUGGACCUGCAGGUGGGCAAGGGCCGCUUCGCCGAAGUCUACAAGGCCAAGCUUAAGCAGAGCGCCUCGGAGCACUUCGAGACAGUGGCCGUCAAGAUCUUCCCCGAGGAGGAGUACGCCUCCUGGAAGAACGAGAAGGACAUCUUCUCCGACAUCGACCUCAAGCAUGAGAACGUGCUGCACUUCCUGACGGCCGAGCAAAGGAAGGUGGAGAAGCAGUACUGGCUCAUCACCGCCUACCACCCCCUGGGCAACCUGCAGGAGUACCUCACCCAUCACAUCAUCGGCUGGGACGACCUGUGGCUGCUGGGGGGGUCGCUGGCCCGAGGCGUGGCCCACCUGCACAGCGACCGCAGCCCCUGUGGGCGCCCAAAGGUGGCCAUCACCCACCGGGACCUAAAGAGCUCCAAUGUCCUGGUGAAGAACGACCUGACGUGCUGCCUGUGCGACUUCGGGCUGGGCCUUCGACUGGACAGCUUGCUGUCCGUGGACGAGCUGGCCAACAGCGGACAGGUGGGUACAGCCAGGUACAUGGCCCCAGAGGUACUGGAGUCCAGAAUCAACUUGGAGAACACAGAGUCUUUCAAGCAGUCCGAUGUCUACUCCAUGGCCCUGGUACUCUGGGAAAUCACCUCGAGGUGUAAUGCUAUUGGAGACGUGAAGGAUUACGAGCCUCCGUUCGGAAAGCUCUGUGAACACCCCUGUGUGGAAAGCAUGAAAGACAGUGUGUUGAGGGACAGAGGCCGCCCAGAGAUCCCCAACACCUGGAUAAACCAUCAGGGCAUCCAGAUCGUGUGCUCCACCAUCGAGGACUGUUGGGACCACGACCCGGAGGCGCGGCUCACCGCGCAGUGCGUGGCCGAGCGCUUCAACGACAUCGAGCACCUGGACAAGCUGUCAGGGAGGAGCUGCUCCCAGGAGAAAAUCCCAGAGGACUCCACUGCGGGCGAGGGGAAGUAGGCCUCACCCUGCUUUCAGUGCGUGGGGUCGGCUGCUGAGCUCUGUCUUUCAAUCGCCCGUUUCUCCGAGACACCAAGACUUUAUUCACAUCCGGCAGGGGUUCGGCAAAAUAAAGCUAUCGCGCUGAGUCAUGCUUUUCUCGUGAUCUACAGAAACACUCACGCAAAGAAUUGUGAGCAAUAGCCAGACUGAAUAUAAGCCCACAGUACAUAUGUUUUAUGCACUUUAUAAAGUAUCUAUGCAUACCAAUUCAUGUAUUAUGCUGUAUUUUCUUAAUACUCAGGAGGGUGCCCAUUUUUGGCUCUUCCUCAUCUGUGUCAAAGCAGGAAAAUGCUGAUUGUAAUGCUAUGGAUAACCUGGCCAUUUUUUGACCAAAGUAUUGAAAGUGGUAAGCAUUCGAUUGGACAACACAGGGGACUGAGAUACAGUUUAAAUGGAAGAGCCUGUUCAGGUGAAGAUAUUUCUGAGAUUAAGCAAGCGCAAUUUGACUGAGAGCAAAACAUACCCUCAACUGGAAGAAAGACUGUUGAAAAUAUUCAGAAAAGGGGAAUAUAGGAAUCCUAUCCAAAGACUCCAAACUGGAAAUACGUGAGGUAUAUUGUACAUCCAGCAGCUCUUCUCUCUUAUGUUGACAAGUGAAUAGACACUCAACACUUUCAAUGUGCUUUGAAUAUGAUAAUAAAGAUUUUAUAUAUUUACUCAA